UUUCUCCAGAAGGGAAAGCAAAUUCCAAUACGAUUUUUUUCCUCUCCAUUCAAUUCCAUACCCAUUUUCACCUCUCCAAUUCCCCAGUUUUUGGUUUUAACUCUUUUCUUUAUUCGAUUGCGAACAGAUUUUUUGGAGGAAGAAGGAGAGAAUUUUUCUUUUUCUAUUUUUGCUCGAUUUACUGAUCUUUUCCUGCCAACUUUUCUGGGUUGGAAAGUUUCAGCCCUUGUUUGUUUUUUUAUGAUUUGCUUUGCAUUUCAGAAACCAAAUAAUUUGAUUGCAAAUGAACGUCGUUUCCAAGCCAAGAGCGGUAUAAUCGCGAAGCCCAGAUUUGAAUUCAAUAGAAUUUCGUUCAGAGAGAGGUGUUUUUCGUCGAAACUGAUACGCCCAUUAGAAAUCAGAUCGUCGAGAAGGAGAAGAAUGGUCAAGAAAGCGAACGAUGCAGCCACCAUAAUGUUGACGUCAGGUGCCAGUGGGAGAAUCAAUGCUUUGUUGUCUUUGAGCGCUUUGAGGAGUUUAUGGCGGCUGAUCAUCGCUUUUUUCUUGAUUCUUUGGCUCCCGUUUCGCGGGAGGCGGCGAUGCAUGGGUGUGGGGGCGGCGCCGGAGUCGUCGGAGAAAUGUGGGGGGAAGGAUGAGAAGCCAUCGUCAACGACGGGGAAGGUGGUGGGGGUACCGGCGGCGAUGGUGCCGAGGAAGAGCGCCGCCGCGGCUGUGGACAAGGAGGUGGCGGCGCGGCGGGCGCUGGCGAUUAAGAGGGUGCUCGAAGAUAAUAAAGAUAGCAGGGAUACAAUCAGGGAGUUUUCACUGUUUGUUACGUCCAGAGGUGACACUAUUUUUACUCAAUCAUGGACACCGGUGAAAGUUCAAGUCAGGGGAAUGGUUGUUCUCCUGCAUGGUCUGAAUGAACACAGUGGAAGAUAUAAUGUUUUUGCCAAGAAACUGAAUGCAAAUGGCUUCAAGGUUUAUGGAAUGGACUGGAUUGGACACGGUGGCAGUGAUGGACUGCAUGCAUACGUCCCUUCUCUCGAUUAUGCGGUUAAUGAUAUGAAAAUGUUUCUCAGCAAGGUUUUGGCUGAAAAUGCGGGACUUCCGUGCUUCUGCUUUGGACAUUCCACUGGUGGAGCUAUAGUCUUGAAGGCAGUUCUCGAUCCCAAAGUGCGGCAAAAUGUAGCUGGUGUUGUUUUGACUUCGCCUGCUGUUGGAGUUCAGCCGUCCCAUCCAAUUUUUGCUGUGCUUGCUCCGGUUUUUGCCUUCUUGUUGCCAAGAUUCCAACUGAGUGCAGCAAACAAGAGGGGAGUUGCUGUCUCCAGAGACGCAGAGGCACUGGCGGCUAAGUACUCGGACCCGCUGGUGUUCACGGGGUCUAUAAGGAUACGAACGGGCUAUGAGAUUCUCCGCAUCACAGCCUUUCUCAAGCAGAACUUAAGCAAGCUGACGGUCCCAUUUCUAGUUCUUCACGGCACUGCAGAUUCAGUAACGGACCCUGCAGCCUCUCAGAAGCUCUACGAUGAGGCCUCAUCGACUGACAAAACGAUCAAUCUCUACGAAGGGCUCUUACAUGACUUACUCUUCGAACCCGAGAAGGAAGAAAUCACCGAGAGCAUCAUUGCAUGGCUGAACAGUAGAAUGGAGGGCUGACUUAGGAGUUUGAAUAGACAAGCCGCCACCAAUCAAACUUCCCAAUCAGACAAUUGAGGAUUGGGAAGACGAUGAGAUACUUCUCUUGAUGACUUAUCUAUUUCAGACACAUAAAAUCAGGCGUCCAAGGAAGCCGCAUUCCUCUGGUGCCCUCUUAAUUGUAUGUACAGUAGUAGUCUUCCUUGUCGCUUUCUCCAAUAAAUCUUAAGAGCAGCAGAAGCAGAGAGGUAAGAGCUGGGGUUGAUAUUUGCUGCCCAGUUCUUCUUGCAAUGAGCUUGGAACUCCGAUUCUAGUGAGGAAAAACGAACUCUUCUUUUAGAUUAAAACUCAAGUGUUCAACUAAUAUAGUUCAGCAUGUAGGCUGGUAAGUGUGUUACUCGUUAUUAAUAGUAUGAAUUAAGGUGGAUUACAUAAAUAUGUGUAUAGUGAUAUGUGUUGAUAUUCUGUAUUUACUUUUA